AGGGAGAAUAAAUAAAGUGGGAGUUUCUUAUUGCCUUUGAAGGUUUCUCUCUAGAAAAGAGUAUGUUCCUCUCUUUUUGAGGGUCUUUAACUAGAUUUUAUCAAUUUCAUAUCGAGUUUUGCUAUGGUAGAGGAGACAGGGCGAGCUAGUUUUUCUAUCUUGAAAGCGAAGCUGACACAUCAAGUGACACUUUCAAGUACUAGAGAUGGUGGAAGUGUUUUUCUAUCUACCAGGUAGCCUGGCUCAUACCCUUGUAAAAAUUAAUUGUAAUCUUAUAAUUGUUUAUGGAUUCCUAUACUUAAUUGUCUAAAUCAAUUGAUAAGAACCUAUUAUUGUGUGCUACUAUAUUAUUGAUAUGACUUUUAUGCCUUUUAUAGGACUAUUUACAGGAUUACAGUAUAUUGUGCAUCAUCUAUUUCUUCUACUAAUAAAAUAACAUGGUUCAA